GGGCAGUGCUGGGCAGGCGAGGCAGCUGUGAGCUACACGCCGGGACUGUCCAGGGAGGCGCAGCGGGGCGGGAACCCUCAGCCGGAGCAGCCCCGGAGCAGGAGCAGCCGCCGCCGCCGUCCACGGAGCGCAGCCGAACCGGCCAUGGCGUUGUCGAUGCCGCUGAACGGGCUGAAGGAGGAGGACAAAGAGCCUGUCAUCGAGCUCUUCGUCAAGGCUGGCAGUGAUGGUGAAAGCAUAGGAAACUGCCCCUUUUCCCAGAGGCUCUUCAUGAUUCUUUGGCUCAAAGGAGUUGUAUUUAGUGUCACAACUGUGGAUCUGAAGAGGAAGCCUGCAGACCUGCAGAACUUGGCUCCUGGGACCCACCCACCAUUUAUAACGUUCAACAAUGAAGUCAAAACGGAUGUAAAUAAGAUUGAAGAAUUUCUUGAAGAAGUCUUAUGCCCUCCCAAGUACUUGAAGCUUUCACCAAAACACCCAGAAUCAAAUACUGCCGGAAUGGACAUCUUUGCCAAAUUCUCUGCAUAUAUCAAGAAUUCAAGGCCAGAGGCUAAUGAAGCAUUGGAGAGGGGUCUCUUGAAAACCCUACAGAAACUGGAUGAAUAUCUGAAUUCUCCCCUCCCUGAUGAAAUUGAUGAGAAUAGUAUGGAGGACAUUAAGUUUUCUACACGUAAAUUUCUGGAUGGCAAUGAAAUGACAUUAGCUGAUUGCAACCUGCUUCCCAAACUGCACAUUGUCAAGGUGGUGGCCAAAAAAUACCGCAACUUUGAUAUUCCAAAAGGAAUGACUGGCAUCUGGAGAUACUUAACUAAUGCGCACAGUAGGGAUGAGUUUACCAAUACCUGUCCCAGUGAUAAGGAGGUUGAAAUCGCCUACAGUGAUGUAGCCAAAAGACUUACCAAGUAAAAUAUCCCUUCUGAGGGAGAUGUCUUUGCAUCUUCCCCUAAGAAUAUGCUUUUCCUAACAGACUGCUCCUGUUCCUAUAAAGUAGAAAUUUUAUUUUGCAUGAACGUGCAGUUAUUCAAGAUUAGGAUAAAGGACAGACAAGGUGUAGUAGCUAUCUUUAAAUAUACACUCCAAAGCAGUAUUAUGUUAAAGUACUUUAUCCUUUCUCCCUCCCCUGCCCCACACCCUCUCUCCUCUAAUCGGAGACACUCCGCCACACCCUUCACUCUAGAGGCAGAUUGCCGUCCCUCCGGGGGGAGCCCUCCCCGUUGUGUCUGUUCCCUGUGGACUGAGGGCAGAACUUCGGAGGGCCAAUGUUUAACUGUCAAAAUAGUACCCACGACUUCAUCAGUCAGCCCCAAACUGGUGCACAAUGCAUGGUACAAGGCAUAUUUAUGUAUUUGGGGAAUUGUAUAAUAUUUAGUAAGAGUAUAUGAAAGGAUUGCUACUGUAUCAGAAUACUCUGUCUCAAUUCAGUCUGUCCUGGGUGUGUCACCACCAGUGAAGAGAGCCUUCCACGGAAAGUCACUACAGAUUUUUCUGUUUUACUUUGUACAUGGAUUUUUACUUUUGCCUAAAAGCAUUUAUCCUUCAUACCAGUUAUAACAUCUGACACUAUGUAGGAGCUACAAGUUCAGAGAGAGGGAUGAUAUUCUCAAGAUCUUCCUCAAAGCAUUUUAUCUAUCUGAGAAAAACCUAUGGGCACCUGCUACUCUGUCUGAAUGUGUUGCUUUUUGUGUGUAUUUUGCCCAGUGCCAUUCAUUUGGAACCUUAUUGCUUUCCUCCUUUAUUUUAAAAAGCUCCUUUUUAGGUAAGCGUAGACCUUGCUGUCUGUAGAUCUUUUGAGUAACACUACAUAAAC